AUAUAAUAUCUCUCUCUCUUUUUCUUUCUUUUGAGUAGUAUCCUCCAUUCAAAAUAUCUGAACCGAGUCGAACCGAGUCGACACAGCCGAGUUGAAUAAGCUACAGAAGGGAGAAGAGAGACGGGGUCGGUCAGUUUUGAUGUUAAAACGGUAAAUUCCUCGAAUGGAAAUGGUAUCCAACAACACAAGUACAACAAGAAGCAAGAAGCAACGGCUGGGAGGAGUUACCGACUGACUGAGCUAUCAGAGAUAGAGCAAGCCGGUGGGGAUUCUAAUUUCUGUAUAAUCAGUAGAAACCCCUCUUUCCUUUUCUUUUCUUUCGAAUCCGCUGCUGCUUCUAGGGUUAGGGUUUUACAUUUCGCUCCCGGAAACUAGAGAGAGAAACAAGAGAGAGAGAGAGAGACAGAAAUUGAGAUCAAGCAAAGAGCAAGUAAUUAAUGGGGCGAGGGAAGGUGCAGCUGAAGCCAAUCGCCGACAAGAUCAGGCGGCAAGUGACGUUUUCCAAGCGGAGGAGCGGGCUUAUCAAGAAGGCACGUGAGCUGUCCGUGCUCUGCAGCGUGGAGGUCGGCCUCGUCAUCUUCUCCGCCAAGGGGAGGCUCUACGAGUUCUGUAGCGCCGAGAGUUUUGAAAAGCUUCUGGAGCGUUACCAGACACAUAAUGAUGAGGAGAUUGCUGCUUCCAAGACUGCUGAUGGUACUGACAAGAACCAUAAUUCAGAAAGCAGUGGUCUCCGCACAGGCGCUAACCGAGUUCUGAAAAUAUUUAAAAGCGAUAUGGAAACACAAGACAUUGAUAAUCUAGAUGUUCCAGAGCUCACCCAGCUUGAGAAGGAAUUGGAUGCAGUUCUAAGACAAACAAGAUCACUAAAGGAAAAACAGAUGAAAGAAGAGAAGGUUCGCUUGGAAAAUGAGAUUGCAGCGCUGAAGCUGAAGGAGCAGCAGAGCAAGGACCGAGCUGCCGAUGAGGAAGCGGAUCGGCAGAGCACUUCCGCCGCUAAUAACACCACCACCACCACCAACAACAGCCGCAGCAGCGACGACUAUGUUCCGGCCACCAUACUACAAUUGUUUUGACUACUUUUCCAAGGGUGUAGGCAACUUAUGUACUAUAUUGUACAUGUGGCAAUAACUCAGGUUGCCCCGUCCACCAACUGUGGUGACAUCUGUCGAGACUGAGACGUCCCGCCGAGUGGACCCCGCCGCUCUGUGUUUUAGAUUAUGUGUGUGAUAUCGUGUGUGACUUGUAUGAGAUCCCGACAUGACUUUGUAAUGUAAGGCCACUAUGUUUUAUUAUUAAUAUUUUAUUUUAAAUAUUA